AGGAGGAGGGGAAGAGAUAAGUGAUCUAAAGGGGAGACGAUAGGACAAAAAAAGUGAUGAUGAUGAAUACAUUGGAAAGUUUUUUGGCCCCAGCGAGGGUGUCAGAUUGAAUGGCCUGUGCGCAUGUGCGAAGGUGUCCAAACUGACAAUGCUGGUGAGAUGAAGAUAGUGUUGUUGCUGCUUCUGGGCUCACGGAGGACGACGAGAGGAAUCUACAAGCCGACAAGAUGAGAUCCAAGGCGAGGGCGAGAAAACUGGCAAAAAAUGACAGCGAACCAGUGGACAGCAUGUACGACACAGAGGCCGACCUCCCGGGCUUAGCGAGCGGAGGCGGCGCCGACAGCCUCGAAGACGACACGGACGACGGCGUCGUCAACAUGUCCCCGCUGCCCUCACCCACUCCUUCCCAUCCAAACAACAACAACCACCACCACCUGCUGCACCCCCACAUCUACGCCACCCACCACCACCACCACCUCCACAACAACAGCAACAGCAGCAGCAUCGACCAGGACUUCACCACCCCCAAGGAGGGCUCGCCCUACGAGGCGCCGGUCUACAUUCCCGAUGACAUUCCCAUUCCCAGCGAACUGGAGCUGCGCGAGUCCUCCGUGCCCGGCGCCGGCCUCGGUGUUUGGGCCAAGGCCUGCAUCGGCGUGGGCGAGAGGUUUGGUCUGCGCAGCCCGCUGCAUCACGAGGCCACAGGCAAAGACGGCUCCUAUGGAUGGGAGCAGAUGAUGAAUGACCAUGAUGAAGACUCCCCCGACGGCUGCAUUAAAAAGGUGGUGGAUGACAUGGGCAACGUCAAGUUUGCGCUUGACACAGGCCCGGACGCCACCGGCAGCAGCUGGCUCAAAUACGUCCGCUCUGCCCCGUCAUUUGAGGAGCAGAACCUCGCCGCCUGCCAUCUCACCGGAGACCAGAUUUAUUAUAAAGCUGUCCGGGACAUUGAAGCAGGGGAGGAGCUCCUGGUGUAUAUGAAGGACGGCAUUUUCCCCGAAGGAUCCAUGGCACCCAACCUACAAGACGAGCAGAUGUACCGCUGUGAAGACUGUGAUGAGCUGUUCUCCUCAACGCUUGAGCUGCGGCGGCACCAGAAGUAUUCAUGCUCCAGUACCGGCUCCAUCUUUGACACGCUGAGAGAGGACUUCAAGCAGGAACGUGAGGACAGCGACGAGCCUGUCCACGAAUGUAAAGACUGUGAGAAGAUAUUCCCAAAUGAGUACAGUCUGGGCCAACAUAUGAUAGUCCAUACAGAGGAGAGGGAGUACAAGUGUGACCAGUGCCCCAAAGCCUUCAACUGGAAGUCCAACCUCAUCCGUCACCAGAUGUCACAUGACAGUGGCAAGCGUUUUGAGUGUGAAAACUGUGAUAAGGUACAGCAUACCCGGCACGUGUUCACAGAUCCCAGCAACCUUCAGCGUCACAUCCGCUCCCAGCACGUGGGGGCGCGCGCUCACACGUGCCCCGAGUGUGGCAAGACCUUUGCCACCUCGUCGGGCCUCAAGCAGCAUAAGCACAUCCACAGCAGUGUCAAACCUUUUAUCUGCCCCGAUGGGCUGCGUCUAUUUGUUCCCCCAGGCGAGGUGUGCCACAAAUCCUACACCCAGUUCUCCAACCUCUGCCGCCACAAGCGUAUGCAUGCUGACUGCCGUACCCAGAUCAAAUGUAAAGACUGUGGGCAGUUGUUCAGCACUACCUCCUCCCUCAACAAGCACCGCCGCUUCUGUGAGGGCAAAAACCAUUACGGCUCUCCAGCGGGGAUGUUCAACCCUGGCAUCCCCCUGAGCUCCAGCCCCAUCAUGGCCAAGGUCAAGUCCCACCAUCCCCACCUACAAGGUCUAAACCAUUCAGGUUUAGGCUUCAGUGACUACUUUCCUUCUAGACCUCACCCUCAUGCUGGUUUGCCCUUCUCCCCCGGAGCCCAGGGCUUCCCACCCCUACCUCAUGGUUUCCCAGGUCUCUUCUCCCCAUCACUGUAUCAGCGACCACCUUUAUUGCCGGCUAGCCCCUUGUUAAAGAACCCGCUGGGCGGUCAAGAGGUGAAAUUGCCUCGAAGUCCCUUAGAUGCUCCUCCACUGUCCCUGGUUAGCUCUACAAACACCAAUGGAGGUAACAGUUUGAGUCAGCUGGAAGUCAAAGAAAAAGAGAACAAACUGAAUUUUUCUUCUGGAGAAGCCAAGCCCAAAUCUAAGAUGGCAGACAUGUCAGACGGCAGUGAUCUUGAAGACGUGAACACCACAAGUGGGACAGAUUUGGAGACCACCACUGGUACAGCCUCAGGUGAUGGUUCUGACCUGGAGAGCGACGGGGAGAGUGAACGUGAGCGAAGUGGUAAGAGAAGGAAGCCGUCUGCCAUUUCAAGUCAAGAAGGCCACCAGUUAGAAGACACAGACAGUGCAUCGAUAACGGCUGUGUCUAGUUCUGGAAACUUUGCUAUUGAGCGUCCCUUUCAGUUUUCUGCAUCAUCCCAGCACUCCUUCUUCCCUCCGCCUGACGAGCAAGCUCUCCCGCCCACCCACACAAAUGCAAAUGCAGCCACAACAGAUUCCAUAAAAGCCAUCGCGUCUAUUGCUGAGAAAUACUUUGGUCCAGGUCUGAUUGGUCUCCAUCAGGAGAAGAAGAUGGGUCCACUGCCCUACCAUUCCAUGUUUCCCUUCCAGUUUCUGCCCAAUUUCCACAACUCCCUCUAUCCCUUCAGCGCUGAUCGAGGUGCCCUCAAUCCCGGCAUGUUCUUUAAGGCGGAGCCAAAGUCGCCUCACGAGCAACUGCACAAGAUGGUGUCGGGUGGCCCCCGAGCUCCUGCCCCCACAACAGAGUCCCCAUUUGAUCUCACCACGAAGGCCAAGGAGACCAAGUUAGCUCACCCCACUCCAACAAACCCCUCAAACCCCAAAAGUAGUACUGGGAGCAGUGGUGGACCUUUAGCAACACCCGGCGGUGAAGAACAGCCGUUGGACCUGAGCAUCGGCGGCCGGAGCCGAGGCGGCCAUAAUGGCGUGGUGGCUGAGCCACAAAAUAGAAAGAACCACAUCUUUGGAGUUGGAAAGGGGGUCUCCAUCAAGGACGAAACCCCAGCUGGGUUUCCACAGCAUCUUUCCCAGUCGUUGCACCAUUCAGCCAUUGGCCAGCACCAGCAGCAACACGCACAGCAACACCAGCCGCCACCCCUACACUACGCCAAGCCCUCAGCGUUCUUCAUGGACCCAAUAUACAGCAGGGUGGAGAAGAGGAAGCUACUCGACCCCGUAGGAGCUCUGAAGGAAAAAUUCCUCAGGCCCUCCCCGCCACUCUUCCAUCCACAGAUGUCAGCUAUGGAGAACAUGACGGAGAAGCUUGAGAGCUUUGGUGCUCUGAAGCUGGACGCGCCGCCCAAUUCGCUGCAACACGCUCAUCCCCUGUUCAAUUUCCGCUCACCACCACCGUCGCUCUCCGAUGCCAUCCUGCGCAAGGGGAAGGAGCGUUACUCCUGCAGGUACUGUGGGAAAAUCUUCCCUCGCUCAGCAAACCUCACCAGACACUUGCGGACACACACGGGGGAACAACCCUACAGGUGUAAAUACUGUGACCGCUCAUUCAGCAUCUCAUCCAAUCUUCAACGCCACGUUCGCAACAUCCAUAACAAGGAAAAACCCUUCAAGUGUCACCUGUGCAACCGCUGCUUCGGUCAACAAACCAACCUCGACCGCCAUCUCAAGAAGCACGAGCAUGAGAACAUACCUGUGAGCCAGCAGUCUGGGAUGCUUUCCAACCUAGGAACCACCAUCUCCUCCCCGAACUCCGAGCCAGACAAUCAUGCACUUUUAGAUGAGAAGGAGGACUCGUACUUCUCAGAAAUCCGCAACUUCAUUUCCAACAAUGAGAUGAACCAGGCCUCCAGCUCCACGGAUAAGAGAUCAGGACAGACUGAGGAGGAACUUCCACCGAGCCACAGUUUGUCCAACUCUAAGCUUGGGCUCCGGGGGCUCGAGGAAGAGGAAGAGGAAGUGGAGGGCGAUGAUGAGGAGGAAGAGGAAGGCAGCCUGACAGAGAAAUCUCACGAUGAGGCGCUUGAGUCCCCGUCUCUCGUCACAACGGGAGUGUACGAGGAGGACGAGGAGGACGAGGAAGAGACGGAGACGGCUCCAUUGGCUAUGGGCUACGAACACACUCGCAGGUGUAUAGAGGAAGGCUCUCUCUUGGAUCUGGAGGGUCUGCCAAGCUUUCCCAAGAGUCUGGAGGGCUUACGUAAAGCAGCCAGUGAAGAGCAACCCUUUGAUGUUAAAGACAUAUUUAACACUUCGCUAGAGUCGGAGGCAUUGAAAGAGACAUUGUACAGGCAGGCUAAAACCCAGGCUUAUGCAAUGAUGCUGUCCCUCUCGGAGAACAACCCUUUGCACGCGCCCUCCCAGAACUCCCUGGACGCUUGGCUGAGCAUGGGAGGUGGACCGUCUGAGACGAGCGGCUUUCACCCGCUCAACCACAUCUAGACGAGAGAGUGGACGCGGUAGGAAGAGUGGGAGAAACAUUGAACAUGUGACAGAGUGGACGCGAGGAGUUGAGGACGCUAGACAACACAUUUGUGUCACAUUCAUUAAUGAUAGAACGAAUAUGUUAGUGUGUGUGCGUGCGUGCGUGCGUGUUUGUGUGUGUGUGUGUGUGUGUGUGUGUGUGUGUGUGUGUGUGUGUGUGUGUGUGUGUGUGUGUAGGUUUGAGUGCGAGAGAGAGGAGGCAGAGAUUGUCCCUGAGUGAGACAUCUCAAAAGACUCAAAAAGAAAGCACUGCUUAACUCCUGUUGAUGUGAAGGACAUGAUAAAUGCUUCUCAACAGCAUUGAAACUCUGCAUUACUCUGACCCUCCCCAAGUCCACGAGCUCACUGCAGCACCACGGAGACCCAACGGAAGGCCCUCAAAGACACUCACCGACUAGGUCUCUGAGGUCUGCGCACUCCGCCUUCUCCAAGCACUGCAGCAUCAGCCCUGCGUUAGCACUGCAUGUCCACAAGGUGUUGGUGUUUCACCGGGAACAUAGUGGGCGCGUGCACUAUUUUCCCCAGGUCCCCCCCCCCUCCCCCCCACCAAUCACAGGCGUGUACUGAUCCUACUUUGGUUGUAACUGCACCACACUAAAUGUUACUUGAGGGAUAACAAAUUCCAGUAGACUGUUGAUUUUUUAAUGAUUACAUGGAGAACGAUGUUAAAUGUUCCAAUGUGCACAGCAACUGGUGAUUUUGAUGAGCUCUCUGGGGCACUAGCCAUUGUAUUUGGUUACCCAGUUUGAUCAUGCUGAAAAUGAAUUCAAAUCAUACUCAAAAGAUGAAGAAAGUCUUUCUCUGCUUGUUUAGUUCAUCAUCAUUUGUUAAUUUUAUUUACUUCCUCUCAUCUUAGAUACCACAGUAUUGUUUUUCGUAGGCACCACAGUGCUAAAUUGUUAAUAUAAUUAUUUUAGAGAAGGACCAAAAUUCUAUGAUGUUGACAUGUGAUGUACAAAAUAACCUAGAUGUUCAUAGCAAGAGUGGUAUGUGCCAAAUAACCCAUAGAAAAUGUUUUGUUCUCUGACAAUCAUUUCAUUUCCAAGGGGCUUGCAUUUGCUGUCAUAGUUUUUUUUUUUUCCUUAUUAUUACGCUCUUCUAUAUUUGAUUUCAGAAAUGUGUGUGUAUGUAUUUAUUUUUGGUUGUUUUGUCAUGACUGGAGGAGUGAAAAUGAAGGCAUGUCAUUUCAUCCCUCUUUUCUUGAUACUGAAGGAAUGAGCGCCACAAAGAGAGGAAGAGAGGGGGAGAUUCUGAAUCUCUUUUGAUGCGUUAGUGUGCCAUAAUGGAAAGAACCCAUGAAAUUCAUUGUUUUUAUUUAUAGUGAAUUAUAGCUGUAGUUAGCUUUAGAUCCUAUUUUGCAACGUAUCGUCCUGCAGUGUUUAUUGUUUUUUCUUCUUUCAGUUCAACCAUUUUACCCAGUAUGCUGAUUGUGUUUGAAUUGGUUCCAGUAUUACGGGGGUCAAACUUGGACAAAUGUCAGGAAAGGGCAUUGUGUUUCACAUUAUUGAAUCCGACUAGUUUUUUCCAUAUCAAGUUCCCUUUUCCCCUCGGUUAUUCACUUGCUGUAUGUUGUGUAAACAAUAUAUAUUUUAUAAAUUAGUGUUUCAAAAGUCAAAAACAUUCCGAAUGAAAGCAACGUCUCAUGAAACAGAUAAAUUAAAAACACAGAUAGCGUUAAAAUGAAUAUCAUAAUUAUGCUGGUUUGUCUUUUCAAAACACGUAGAACAAUAUCUUCAUUUUUUUUAUUGUGGACAGGAAAAACAAAAACUUGAUUAUGAAUCUAACUUUAUAUUCCCUGAUUCGUCUGAGAUCAUAAUACAAUCUCAUUCCAUGGGGGGGUACUGUAGAUAAGAAACGGGGAGGGGGGGGGUUGAGCAUUGUUGAUAAUUGUCGCCUUAGUCCUCCCUGCAUCCUGGGACUCACAGAACUAAGAAGCUGAAGCUUCAAACUUGUAUUUGAACCAUAUGGGUCCAAGCCAUAAAUUGAUCAGGCUUCGGUCUCUAGAAAACACAGAUGCAUUUUCGGACUAGUUUCCCUUUGGAUUAGUAAACAGCUUGAGUUUGACAUGGAGAAAAGAGAAAAAAAACAGAAGCACUGUAAUUUCUAUUCACAACAGCAGGUGGCAGUGUGAUGCUGACGAGGACUGCUGCAUCAUCUCAAUUUUUCUAAAGACAGAAGUCUUUUUUUUAUAAUUCUACUGAAUGAGAUUUCAUUCAUGAUAAACACAUUGUUUUUCUCAAGUCGUGGUUAUAAAAUGUAAAGGCUUGGGUUGCUACGUUUUUUAUUUUAGGUGAUUAUAUGUAGUAUUUCAUGUCAUGGACUACUGUAAUAAGUAAAACAAAAUAAUUGACGGCAUUGAAGUAUUCCAUUUUGCCAACUUCAGAAAGUAUUCUGGCAGAUGGUCGCUGAAAUACGUUUCAGCAUAAUAGAACACAGUUGCUGUUUUCCCCCACUGUUACAGGAGAAAGUAAAAAUAUACAUAUUGUUUCUUUUUAAAUGUAAAGUAUUUUAAAGAAGGAAAAACAAUGGUGCAUUUGUCUGAAGAAAAAAAAAAUCAUUGAAAAAAUAUGGGUUUAAAUGGAUGGUGCUUGUUUUGUUUGAAUCUGAGUUGUAUAUCGCCUCUGUUAUGUUUAUGGAAAACAAAAUAAGAUAUUGUGCAUGACGUGUUUAGCAGUCAUAAUGAUGUCCAUUUGUGAAAUGUGUAUGAAAUCAUGAAAAAUGAAAAAAAAAGAAAGAAAAAAAUAAAUCCGUAGAUGCACUUAUUGUACAUGUGGUUAGUUUGGUAGGUUGACUUCAAGUUCUUGACUGCCUUACAGAUGUUUGGGCAGGUGGCUCUGAACGACAUUAGAAAAGAGUUGUGGGAGAAGACAUAAUGAAAAACAAUAAAGGAUUGUAGAAUAAUAUUGAACAAUUCUGAAAAUUGCA